AUGGUUCAGAUCAAGGCAGCUGCCCUGGCUAUGCUUUUCGCUGGCCAAGUGCUUUCGAGUCCCGUCGAGCCCCGACAAGCAUCUGUGAGCGUUGAUGCCAAAUUCAAAGCCCAUGGAAAGAAAUACUUUGGAAAUAUUGGUGAUCAGUACACCUUGACCAAGAACUCCAAGACUUCGGCAAUCAUUAAAGCCGACUUCGGUGCCCUGACACCGGAGAACAGCAUGAAGUGGGAUGCUACCGAGCCAAACCGAGGGCAGUUCUCCUUCUCCGGGUCGGACUAUUUGGUCAAUUUUGCUCAGUCAAAUGGGAAGAUGAUCCGUGGCCACACGCUUGUAUGGCACUCACAGCUUCCAUCCUGGGUCUCUUCCAUCUCGGACAAGAACACCCUGACAAGUGUCCUGAAGAACCACAUUACUACAGUCAUGGGCCGUUAUAAAGGCAAAAUUUACGCCUGGGAUGUCGUGAACGAGAUCUUCAACGAGGACGGUUCCCUACGCAACAGUGUCUUCUACAAUGUCCUCGGCGAGGACUUUGUGCGGAUCGCUUUCGAAACCGCUCGUGCUGCAGACCCAAAUGCAAAGCUCUACAUCAAUGACUACAACCUGGACUCCGCCUCAUAUCCUAAAUUGGCCGGCAUGGUCAGCCACGUCAAGAAGUGGAUUGCCGAAGGUAUCCCGAUUGACGGAAUCGCUCUUAAUGCUCUAGCCGGCGCAGGAACGAAGGAGCUUGCCAUCACCGAGCUUGAUAUUGCUGGCGCCAAUCCCACCGACUAUGUCAAUGUUGUCAAUGCUUGUCUGAACCAGCCGAAGUGCAUCGGCAUUACAGUUUGGGGAAUUUCUGACGCGGAUUCGUGGCGCUCCAGCUCUACCCCUGUGCUUUUCGACAGCAACUACAACCCCAAGCCUGCAUACACGGCUAUCGUAAAUGACCUCUAG